CCCAAAAAGUGUGCUGUCCUCCGGUCAAAGCUGAUCGGUGCAAGUGGCCAGUUUGUGAGCACCGUGAUGGGCGGACAUUGAAGAGAUCGAGAGGGGCUGGCACAUGGGACGAUGAUGAUCGCACGGGUUACCCGCGUUUGUUGCAAGGAUCUUCGGAAAAAGUUUGUCUCAACUCUAUCUGGAGGAUAUGAAUUGCCAUCUAAUCUCCAAGCAAACUUUAUUGACGUAGAGAAAAAAGGACCACCACCAUCAAUUGAAUCUGAAUUGCCUGUUUUCCGAAGGUGUGAGAUAGCAGUUCCUACACAUCUGAAGCCCAGACAGGCAUGGCUGGAAUCUCUGCGGGGCUAUACUGAUGACAAGCUAGGCUUCGUUGAUUUACACCCUGAUGUUUUUGCAGUACCUCCAAGAAUUGAUAUUCUACAUGAAGUUGCAAUUUGGCAGAAAAACUUUAAAAGAAUAAGCUAUGCCAAGGUGAAGUCUCGAGCUGAAGUACGAGGUGGAGGUAGGAAACCGUGGCGACAGAAGGGAAGUGGCAGGGCACGUCAUGGCAGUAUCCGAUCACCAAUAUGGAGGGGAGGUGGUGUUGCCCAUGGUCCUCGAGGGCCAACUAGUUACUAUUACAUGUUGCCCAUGAAAGUGCGUGUUAUGGGACUGAAAGUGGCUCUCACUAUGAAGUUAACUCAGGAUUACCUUCACAUUAUUGAUUCCCUUGAGAUGCCUAGCCCAGAUCCUCAAUAUCUUCUUGACUUGGCACGUUAUCGACACUGGGGAGAUUCUGUUCUUAUUGUAGAUGUCAACGAAGAUAUGCCAGAAAAUAUUUUAGCAGCAACAAAACACUGUAAAACCAUAACUGUAAUGCCUGUUAUAGGCCUGAAUGUUCACAGUAUGCUGAAGUACGAGACCUUGGUUCUUACACUGGAUGCAGUCAGUUUUCUCGAGAAGAAGCUGCUAUGGCACAAUACCAGAUUCACACCCCUCUAUCCAUUCAAACUACCUUACAAAGACUUCCCUUAGGAAUGAUGCAGAAAACAAAUUUAGAAAAAGAGGACAUUUAUUUUUAUGAUCCAAUAAAAUCUAUGACUUCAUUGCACAA